UUGGAUAACAAACGCAAGAGCAGAGGGCGAGAGAGAGGGAGAGGAGGAGGAGAACUAGAGAGAGAGAGCAAAGGGGAGAAAUGGCGUGCAUGGCUACCGCCACCAUGGCGUCUUCUUUGUCCUGCAAGCUUCCCGCCACUACCACCAAUUUCCACUGCGUCCGAUUCCCGCGUCUCACUCGCAUUGCUUCUGUGUCCAAGCUCCCUUCCAUCAGUACUCGGCAGCUGAGUUCGUCCAAGACGGCCAGUGUGGGGUUCUCCCAUUUUGUAUCGAAAACGAAGAUUCUCGCUUCCCCACUCGUCUGUCAGCCUUCUCAGUCGCUUGCCGUUGUCACCGUAGUUGCUGCGAAGGGUUACAAGAUGAAAACGCACAAGGCUUCAGCGAAGCGUUUUCGCGUGACUGGCAACGGGAAGAUAAUGCGCAGACGCGCAGGGAAGCAGCAUUUGCUUGCUAAAAAGAAUACAAAGCGGAAGAACCGCCUCUCCAAAAUGCAACAAGUUAGCAGAAGUGACUAUAACAAUGUGAUUGGUGCCCUACCAUACCUGAAAGUUAACAGGGCUAACUGAAGGCAUUGAGGACACGAUAGUAAACCUAUUUCAUUUUCAGCUUUUCUAUUCAAGCAGCAGAGGCUCGAUGGAGGUUCUCCUUCUCUGUAAUCUGACAAUGUUACAGAUGGUGCCUUCUUGUUGAUAAAUAUCGAGAAUAUCAAGUAUCAAAUAAUCAAAGUUUGCUUCAUUUGUUCCAUGUAAUACCCUUCUACUCGUUACUCUGGAAUUAUUGAUUUUUCUGUUUAUAUUCUGCACAUGUAUUGUACACUGUUCUUUCUAUUCAUCUCUUAUCCUGGCAUGUGUGUUCAUUUUUC